CGGAAGCUUUUUAUUGAACAUUCCCUGUUAUAACAACUCGGUGGUGUUUACAGGUUUGGUUGGCCCUCUCCGUCUCACAAAUUGCACAGCUGGCAAGAGUGCCGCCGACAUCACAUCAACCUCAGCUGCAUGUGAGCACAGCAGAUUGCUCCAGAUAGACAGAUUCAUAUUCUUGUUUGGCCCAUGAAUCUUUCGACCGUGCAUUGUAGAUUCUCCGACGACAAUCAAACUCUUGCAUCGUAUCGGAACGGAUUAAUAAAAAGCAAAUCGUUGAUGCUGCUGUGCAAACGCUUUAGAUCAUCAUAUUAGAAGACGAAUCCAAUCUGACUUGACUGGGAAAGACUCGCACAGAGUGCCCACAACUUUUCCCACAACAAACAAACCAACAUAUUAUAGAACAAGACAUCAACGAGUACAGCACAUCACCAUGAGACUGCAAGCUUGUAUCGCUCUCGCACUGCUACUGGCAGCUGACACGGAAUCCUUUACAGCGACUAGGACUCGCAGCGGCAGUGGAUUCGCCAGUAGAACACAACAACAAUCAUCUCAACGGUCGUCUGUCUCUCGGAGGAAGCGACAACUCCCUACUACUACUUCGGCGUUUCUGUAUAGUGCCCAAUUCCAGCCAUUGAACGAAGGAUUGGACGACAAGGUGAACAAUCGACACUCGGCCAAUGAUUACUGGUACAACAUUCGGACGUUGCCUAGCUCGACCAUUCUGAGAGAGAUUGGCAAUCCGGUAUUGGCCGUCUUUGGAUGGUCGACGGCUGUGUCCGUGCUCCACCAUCUUUUAGCGUCGAGUGGCCGAUCGGCAUUGCAAGUCAUGGCCAGUCGACUCUGUGUCUCGUCGGCGGCACACAGUUUCCUCGUGUCGUCGCUGGGACUCUUGUUGGUCUUUCGAACCAAUUCGGCUUAUCAGAGGUUCAAUGAGGGCCGCAAGAUUUGGGAACAGAUCCUUUCCGUCUCACGCAACCUGUCACGGUUGUCUUGUCUCUACGGCCGCGAGAUUGGACCCAGUCGUCGUCAUCGCAUUCGAAACUUGAUUGCUGCUUUCCCGUAUCUGCUGCGACACCACAUUCGUAGUGGUUGUCUCUGCGAACAAGGCUCCAUUGACGAACGAUACCGUCUCUUGUUGGAAGAACCCGCCCAGCAAAUGGUCGAGACGCGACACGAAGGAGACAAGCGAUGCGGUGGCUCGACCAACCCCGCCGAUCACAUGUUGCCACCGAAGGAAUGUUGGGUCGACCGUCGCAACUUGCCCUGGUCACUCAUUGCGCCCGGUGCCUUGGAAAAGGUCGCCAAAGCGCGCAAUCGUCCGCUUUGGAUCUGUGACCGACUCGGCCGGGAGAUUUGCGACAUUCCCUAUGGACCCAACUUUACCAAUCGCGAACGACAACACUUUUUGUCUCAGGUCGAAAAGUUGACCGAUGCCAUUGGCAAAUGCGAACGCAUUCAUCAGACGGCCGUGCCUCUUAACUAUGCCCGACACAGUCUGCGCAGUUUGACGCUGUGGCUAUUGACACUGCCAUUUACCAUGGUCAAGGACUUGGGAUUCAUGACGGGACCUGCCGCUGCGGUGAUUGCCUGGCUCAUGUUUGGCAUUUACCAGAUUGGGUACAGCAUUGAAGAUCCUUUCCAGGGAUCACUACGUCUCUCCAUUCUCUGCGACGCCAUUCGAGAAGAUGUCAUGGGAAACUUGGACGACGACGACCAAGACAUGGUCGAAGAUCAAGCUCGGGAUUCGGCGUACCAUGUCGAAGCUACAUCCUGGAUUGAUGAUGCCGCUGACAAUACACUGGCACCCACACCAUUGCCUCCUCAGAUUUUGACAAGCAAGUACUCUGUCGUCACCACCACCAAGAGUCCUCUCUUCUCCAUGGCCGACUACAAGGCCCUAGAACAAUGAAGCAAAAAUACAACCACCAGCCAGAACAAUACAAUACAGUUCUGCCAACUACUAGACUCGUCGCAAGGCAACGCAACAAAAGAAACAAGACGAGUAUCAUAACCAAACCAAAAAGAAUAAACUAGAACAAUAAAAUAUAGAGCUAAACCAACAAAGCAGGUAG